AUGAACUGGGUUAGCUCUUCGCUAGAGCUCGCGGGCUCGCUACUGGAGUCCGUAGACCAACAGGCCGCGCUUACGCUUGCCGGAGCUGAAGAAGACGAGCAAGACGCUGAGCUGCAGAUACCGAGCCAAACUUCCGAAGAUAACGCGACCACUGUCGCGGACACUGAUGAAUAUGAAAGCCUCGUAGGUGGAGAGGCUUCACUGUCGACGGAUGGCACAUCAAGUACCAACUCCAGUCAUACGGCAACUAUGGCUAAUCCUGUGAAGAUUACGCCUCCUCGCUCCAACUCGAGUAAUAAACUGGCCGGAUUAGUGAGUGCCAUCUCAACGCAACUGGAGAAUGUGUCGUCAGGAAAAGGAGGAGGUCCUCCUUUGAGCAGCAGCGGGUCCCAAUCAGCCUCGACGGAUGAAGAAUGCGCGCGUCUACUUAAGGAACUGACACGAGUGAAGAAUGAACUUCGAUUGAAGGACAAACAGCUGAGCAGCACCCAGAAGAGCGUGGAGAUCUGCGAGGAAGAACUUGUUGCAUUGGAGCAGGAAUGCAAAAAGAAGAUCGCGCAAGUGCAACAAGAGAAAUCUUUCAUUCAGCAAGAGAAAAACUCGGACGAGCAGAAUUUCAUCCAAGCGUUGGAAAUGAAGGACAACCAAGUACGCGCACUGAAGGCUGAUUUGGACGCUCUGAUAGAGGCAAAAGCGCAAUACACAGACGAAAUCGCUUCAUUGAAGGCUGAACUAGCCAAGGCGGUGGAGUCGAACGAUACUCUGUGGACUUCCGCAGCUUCGGCUAGUAACGAGUCAGAGCAGCUGAUUGGAUCGCUCCGUGCGGAGUUGCAAGAUACGCUGACGGCUAUGAACAACGUGAAACGCGAAUACGCAGAGUCGAAGAACACCAUGUUUGCACGUCAGUCGCAGCUGGAGAGCACCAACACGGAGCUUGUAAAUAAUGUGGCAAAUUUGGAACGUGAGUUGGCAAAGGCAAAAGAAGCGGUCGCUGUUGCUUCUCAGACCAACGGAGUCAGCGCAAAUGCUACCUCUCAUUUUGGUGCAAACUCCAAUUUUGCACCAAUGAAUGAUGACUACCGACGGGUGCAACAAACGUUGGUGCUUACGAAAAAGUCGUUGCAUGACGAAUCAAGAAAGAAUGAUGUUCAAAAGCAAGAGAUCAUCACUCUGACUGAAGAGUUGCGUCGACUGAAAAAAGCUAUUGAGACCACACAAGAAAACUAUUCACGGCAACUGGAGGCGACGACUCAGGAGAACAAGAGACUGACAGACCAGGUGAACCAGUUAUCGUCUCACAGUAGUGCCACAGCGGCUGCCAACGGCGAGUUGCGUAUCCAACGCCUGACAAGCCGAUUGAUUGAGAAACAAGAGACCAUUGACUCGUUGCGUACCCGUGUGACGACGAUGGACGUACGUCUUCAAGAUGUAACGCUGCAAGCACAGCGGGCCGAAGAGAAACUUUCUCGAAUGGAGCAAAAUGGCGGUGUCGACGACAUGGAAAUGGCUACUCCAGUCGGAAAGAUGGGCAAGGGCGGCAUGCGCUCUCGACCGAACCGCAUGGCCCACGUAAUCUCUCGUGUAGCUCCUGUAGUAGAACGCAGCCGCCGCGUGUUGACAGCGCUGGACGUGCUGGACCGAUGGCUGUUAUUCCUCGGCCGAGUGUUUCUCCAGGCCCCUUUCGCCCGCCUUGGAAUGCUGUGUUAUGUGGUGCUUAUUCACUUCUGGGUCUUCAUGAUUUUGAGCUUCCAUACGAGCCAUUUGACGGAGGAGAUGCAGCUGUCUACUGCUGCUGAGAACGCCGUCAUCGAGCCAGGAGAAGACAUGAUUCCAGGAGGCCACUAA